AAGCAGUCUCGUUCCACUAUUGUUUUCAUUUUUUUUUAAAUUUGAUAUCUUAUCUAAAAGGUCUCAGGUGAUAAUUCGCAGCAGUAUUCUAGGAGUGUAUAAAACAAGAACAUUUUAGGUUCUUCUUUUUAGACGACUACCUUCUUUUACUUCUUUACUAAAAACAAGAAUCCUUUUAGGUUUCUUAUCUGUUUGGUGUUCAAAUUGUGUGAGGCCAGUUAGGCGAAUGUUUUGACAGUUUCAGUUCUUUCUGCGAUGGAGCUAUUGAGGAGAAAUUCAAUUCCAGUUCUUCAUGUAAAAGGAACUUAUUAUGAUGUUGGAUAUGACAUAGGCAGAACAUUUGCAAGUCUUAUUCAGACAUACUUGGAAAUAAAUAGUACUUUAAAUAAAAUUUACAUACCAGCGUACAAUACCGAAAGGGGUAGGAAAAUAUACGAGGAGACUCUUUUUGUAGUUGGAAACAAAUACCCUCAUUAUUUAAGAGAACUGGAGGGCACUGCUGAUGGUGCCGGCGUACCAUUUUACAAGCUAUUUUUAUUACACUUGGACGAUAUCAUUUUACCGCCUGAAGGUUGCACAAAUGUAGGGCAAGGCUGUUCAACUGUGAUUGUGAACCAGAAAAAUCAGAAAAUCAUUGGACAUACAGAGGAUGGACUAAAAGAAGCACUGAAUCUUUGUUAUGUAGUGAAUGUUCAUAUAACUGAAUCCUCACCUCAUGAGAUAUUCACAGCUUUUUGUUAUCCAGGCCUUCUUCCUGGAUAUUCGAUGGGCUUUAAUAGCUAUUUUGCAUUCACAAUUAACAUAAUGGUUGUGAAGAACCCUCCUGCUGGAAGAAUACCAAGAACGUUUCUUACACGGGAACUUUUUGCCGCUGACUCUGUCGUUAGGGCUGAAGAGGUGUUGAAAUGCUAUGGAGGCGGAGUUGCGGAUGCUUUUUCAGUCAAUUUAAUGACGCUCAAGAACAAUGUGGAUGAUUGCCUGCUUUACAAUUUUGAAGUCAGCCCGAAGAAUCUACCAUCUAAUUCUUCUAUCGUAGAGAAAAAAAAAAUUGAUAUUGGAGAACAUUUCUUUCAUUGUAACAAGUUUUUGAGGAUAAAAGGAAUCGAGGAAAUAUCGAAUGUGCUGAAAACGAGCAAUGAUCGUCACGAAACUGAAAAACAGCUUCCAAAGGCCGAAGAUCUCAACAGCGUAAUUAAUAUUCUCAGUCAUUCAUCAGCGCCUUCGACAUGUUGCAAUAUUUUCAGAGAUAGAUCAAGCGAGUCUGUCAUAACCCUAGCGACGGCGAUUUUCAAUAGAGCGACUAGGACUUGGAGCAUCUAUAUGGAUAAUCCAGCAUUGACAGAACCAAAUUUAAUUCUACCAAUGAAAUUUUCAUAAAAAAAAUAUUCUAGAAAAAAAA